AUGGGCGGCGGCGGGGGCGGCGGUAGCACCAUUGGCGGCGGCACCCUGGGCCACGGCACCGCGAUGAGCAGCAGCACGGUCGGCAUGGGCCCUCUCCCCGGCACCCUGAUGCACGGCGCCUCCGGCGGAGGCGUGGGCGGCGGCAAUCCCGGCAACGUUUACGGCAAUGGCAACAACGGAGUGGGCGGCCAGAACACCGCUCCCGGCUCCGUGAUCGACUCGCGGGCCGUGUCCGUGGUGGUCACGCUGCCCGGCGGCCCGGGUGCCCAGCAUCCGGGCCAGGCGCUCAGCGACUACGGUCCCAUAUAGUUAAUGGUACGCCCGGACACCGCGCACUGGGUCUCGACCAGCAGUUUUAGCCAGCUGUAGCCGCUCAAGUUGGUCGACUCGCACGCCCGGCCUCUGUCUCACUCGCACUUCUAGGCUCUCGCUCGCAAACUCCAUCCCCAUCUCGCUCGCUCCCGCUGUUUGGUUAGGGCCUCCUUAGCAAAAGUUUUGAAGAAAUGCCAUGUUAAUUCGAGUAGCCGUAGUUUGAUUGUCGAGUGGAAAGCGCAACAAGAGCAGUUCAUGUUUUUCUGCUUUCAAUUCCCAUCGGUUUGUGCGGAAUCGGAAUUCACACAUUUAUUUUUCUGGAUUUAACAUUUAUUUGUUAUGCAAAGAUUUGAGUUCUUUGCACCAAAACUUUUACAAAAAAUUAAUUCCAAACAAAGUAUUUUGUGACUCUGAAAGAAGUAAUAUUCUGUAUUAUAAUUAUAAUUUUUUGAGUAAAUAGGUCUACAUUUUUCCAAUUCCGCCAAAUUGCUUCUGAGUUGAAAAUGGAAACAAGACCAAUAAUAACCUUUGAGAUGUGUUAGAGAACCAAUCUGCAUACAAGAUUCUAGUCCAAAAAAACCUUUGUCUUCAAAAGCAGAUGAGCACAAAGCUUGGGCGUAGCGAAAGGAUACUACCCAGUAUCCAGUAAAAAGUACAGAUCGAAUCCAGCUGAAGCGCGUUUGUUCUACCUGCCAUUAACUGAUUUCCUAUCUGAAUAUUCAUAUUGCCACGUUUUCUGUUGUUAUACCCUUUCACAAACACCUUCCUCAACGAAAUAGACUGAGAAACGCGAAACAAAUUAAAUAACCGCCACGCAGAGCAAUCGGGGUAAAGUAGCGAGCGGAAUCUGCCCACACUGCCAAGUCAGAGCCACGAGCCAUAUUUCGAAAUUACAACUAACUUUUAAUCAAACUAACUACACUAUUAACCUUAACCUAACGUAAACAUUUAACAUAACGAUUGCAUACAAAAAUUAAAUAAAAAAAUGAAAAAGAAACACUUCGAAUGCCCAUAGAAAGUUAGUUGCGAUUUUAGGGUUGUCGCAUUAUCAAAGAAUAGGCACUCAGUGUUGCCAGAUACCAUUUGUAAAUUAUUUAACGUAAUCUAAGGCAUUAUCCAACACUAAGUUUUGUACAUAUUUUCAAACCGCGCCUAGUUUAUAAACGUAUUUUUUUGUUCGGUGAUGUGAAAGUCCCUGAAACUAAAAUAUAAUAUAGUAACAUGCAUUUCAGCAUCAAAAGCAACUCUGCAUUUAAGCUCAAAAUUGAAUUUAGUUUUUACAAAAACCCAAAAAGAGGAAUUCACCAUUCAAGUAAAUGAUUAAAUGAAAAUUGCCAACUUUUGCAGCCGAAGCAAGGCAUUUCUACGCAUUUAUAAAAGAAGCAAAAAGAAAAAUUGUAUAAAGCUAAAACUUUUAUAUAAGAGUAUUAAAUUAAAUGUAACCUUAGUUGUAGACGAAAUCGAAGAGAACGGCAAGCAAAAGCAAAACGAAAUAUCUAUCAAGAAUUAAAAACUAUUGUAUUUAAAUUUAAUAUUUAUAUUACAUGGUAAAAGCAACAAUUUAACUGUUAGCAUUUCAAACCAUUUCACAUACGAAACAAAAGAAGAAGGGAUGAAAUUUAUAUUAUAAAUUAUAUAAUAUAGCAACUAUGUGUGUAAUGUUUUUAGCAACUAUAACUACUUCUAUUUACAAAACAAAAACAUGCUAAAGCUGUAAUAAAACAAUAUACAAAAUAGUUCAUUUUUGAGUUA